AUGCGCGGCGGGUCGAGCCGGCGCGCGCUCGUCGCGGCGGCGACGCGCGCGCGCGGCCCCGCGCCGCGCCCGGGAUGGACCGCGGCGGCGCCCGCGGCCUCGACCGCGACCGCGCGAUCGUGGCUGCUGCGCGAGGCGAGGCGGCGCGCGUCGUCGUCGUCGUCGUCGUCGUCCGCGGACCGCGACGGCGGCGGCCGACGAUCGCGCCGCCCGUGCUACGGCGGCGACGAGACCCUCCAGCUCGGCCUCCCGUUCGAGCUCACGGCCGAGGACGCGCGGAGAGCGCUGCAGCGCUGGGCCGGACAAAAACCGCUCCGCCCGCACCGCCUGCGCGACGGCGCGAGCCCCGUCCCCACGCUGACGCCGACGCUUCUCCCGCACUGGGUCUUCGACGUCUCCGUGAGCGUGCGGUACAAGGCGUCGGCGGGAUUCGACGCGGGCGGCGGGAAGACGGAGUGGGUGCCGAUCACGACGUGGAAGGACGGCGGGACGACGCGGUACGGGAGCGACGCGGCGGAGACGCAGAUAUGCGCGAGCUUCAGGCACAGGAGAGAUCUGUUGCGAGCGGUGACGGGCGCGCACGUGGGGGCGUUCCCGCCGUCGAAGUCGUCGUCGUCUUCGUCGUCAUCGUCGUCUUCGUCGUCGUCGUCUUCGGACGCGGCGGUGCGUUUGCAGCCGAUGCCGGACGCGAAACGCGCGGCGCUCGACGCCGCGCGGACGGGCGCGGGACCGCCCGGGAGCGUCGUCGUCGAGCGUUACGGAAUAAAACGCUCGCUCGCGUGGGAGCUCGCCGGCCGAAGGAUCCGGGAGACGGAGCGCGCCAAGGCGAAGAAACUGGUGUUGGCGUCGCACAAGUGUCAGGACGUGAAAGACAUCGUCCUCGACGUCGAGCUGCACCCCGGACGCAAGGUCCGCGCGGUCAGACUCCCCGCGUACGUCGCGACGUUCACGCACGACGUCGAGAUGGACGACGACGGGAAGAUCGUCGACUCGAAACACGCGGCGAUCGUCUGCGGCGCGACGGGCGCGGUGAGAGUCUCGGACGACGUUCUCUGCCGCGAUAAAGCGCGUCUGCUCUCCGUGCUCGCCGUCUCCGUCCCCGCCGGGAUCGCGAGCUUCGUCGCGGGCGCGGACGUCGGCGUCCUCGCCGCGCAGACGCUGAUGGCGUCCGCGGCCGCCGCGGGACUCGCCGGGAUCUUCGCGCGGCAGGUCCCGCGGCUCAGACGCGAGAAGGAGGAGAGCGAGCGGCUCGUCGACGAAGAGCGCGCGUUUGCCGCGGCGACGCGACACGGCGGCGCGAACGUCGACGCGGCGUGGAUGGACGAGCCGACGCAGCAGCGACGCGACGACGUCGAGUGGGGGCGGUGGAAGGAGACGGAUAAGACGAACUGGGACGAGCACAAGCGAGAGGAGUGGGCGGCGUCGAUUUGGGCGUGGCAGCGGAUUCGACGACGCGAGCGCGACGAGCGCCGCGAGCGGUUGCUGCUCAACCGCGCGCGCGCGGACGAGGCAGAGCGCCGGGACGAGGAGAAAGAGCGCCGCUGGGGACCGGAGUGGAGGAAGGAGAAUCCCGAUGGCGGGGGUAAACACGGACGCGGUAAGGGGUUCGGUCUCCGCGGCGGGAGGGACCGCGACCGCGACGGGUUUUACGAGGCGCUCGGACUGCAGUCGAAGCUCUCGAGCGCCACCGCGGAGGAAAUAAAGGCGAGCUACCGACGAGAGGCGAUGGAGUGGCACCCGGACAAGCACCAGGGCGAGGCUGCGAAGAAGCGCGCGGCGAAGAACUUUAGGAAGUUGCAGACGGCGUAUAAGACGCUGUCGGACGCGAAUUCGCGGCGGGUGUACGACGGACUGUGA